AUGGCCAAUAGAGAACUCUAUUACAGCUCCAGGAAGCUCAUCCUUCCCACUUUAUCACUUGCCUCCCGUCUCCUCCUAUCUCUCCUCUGCCUCGUCUCAAUUUUCCUCUGUUUCUCGCUCUUCCGGAACGACACCGCGUCCCCGCCGCCGCUAACCUAUUCAGUGGUGCCGGAGAAGAAUGGCGGCACCUGCGACUACUCAGACGGGCGCUCCAGGAAGCUCAUCCUUCCCACUUUAUCACUUGCCUCCCGUCUCCUCCUAUCUCUCCUCUGCCUCGCCUCAAUUUUCUUCUGUUUCUCGCUCUUCCGGAACGACACCGCGUCCCCGCCGCCGCUAACCUAUUCAGUGGUGCCGGAGAAGAAUGGCGGCACCUGCGACUACUCAGACGGGCGGUGGAUCUACGAUUCUACGGUCAGAUCUCCGCCGCGGUACGACCACACCUGCAAGGAGAUAUUCAAAGGGUGGAAUUGCAUCGCCAGCGGCAAAUCCAACGCAGUUGAUAUACUCAAGUGGCGAUGGAAACCCUACGGCUGUGAUCUCCCACCAUUCGAUGCGCUUCGGUUUCUAGAGAAGUUCCGAGAUACAAACAUUGGAUUUAUAGGGGACUCCUUGAAUAGGAACAUGUUUGUUUCUCUUUUUUGUGCUCUGAAACAAGUGUGUCCCGAGGUUAAAAAGUGGCGCCCUGCUGGAGCUGAUCGAGGCUUCACUUUUCUCAAGUACAAUCUUACCAUUGCUUAUCAUCGAACAAAUCUUCUGGCUCGUUAUGGUAGGUGGUCUGCCAAUAGUAAAAGUGGUACAUUGGAGUCACUUGGUUAUAAGGAGGGCUAUAGAGUUGAUGUUGAUCUACCAGAAGGAACUUGGGCAGAAGCCCCAAGUUUUCACGAUAUACUCAUCUUCAAUACAGGACACUGGUGGUGGGCCCCUUCAAAGUUUGAUCCUGUGAAAUCCCCGAUGCUCUUCUUUGAGGAAGGUGUUCCCGUGACUCCUCCAGUCGCCCCUGAAGCUGGGCUGGAUAUGGUGUUAAAACACAUGGUAUCUUUUGUGGAAAAGAAUGCACGUCCCAGUGCGAUUCUAUUCUUUCGAACACAAUCCCCAAGACAUUUUGAAGGAGGCGACUGGGAUCAAGGUGGUACGUGUCCUCGACUACAGCCACUGGUUUCGAAAGAAGUGGAGCAACUGUUCUCAAUCAAGAACAAUGGUACGAAUGUAGAGACACGUCUUGUGAACCAGCACCUAUACAGGGCCUUGGAAGGUUCUAAUUUCCGAAUAUUGGACAUAACACGAAUGAGCGAGUUUAGAGCUGAUGCUCAUCCAUCUACAGCCGGCGGUAAAAGACACGAUGACUGCAUGCAUUGGUGCUUGCCUGGCCUUACCGAUACCUGGAAUGAUUUGUUCAUAGCUCAACUAAAUGCCCUUUAG